GGAGGAGGAGGCAGCAGCUGCCUGGGGAGAAUGGGGCUUGCUAGAGGCCAGAAAUGCCUCACAGAAGCUUAGAGCCAGGCAAAGAAUGGUGGUUGGAAACCUAAGUGGGAGCCAAGCUGAAACGUGGGGUGUAUUGCACAUUCUAGAAGUGAUAAUGAAAGAAUGCCAUUUUGGUAUCUCUAAAUGAGACUCUGUUGAUCCGGGAGGGGUGUCUUCUCUGGUGGUCGAGGGGAGGAAGGCCAGUAGUCCUCCUCGCUUCAGCUUUUCACCUUUUUUUCUUAUUGAUUCGGUGAGUGAAUCAGCAUUUUCCUGCCAAGAAGGCUUCUCUAAAUUCUCUGCGCUGCUUUCUAAAUCUGUUAUUCCAAGCAGUGAGUCCUCAAAAACAGUCGCAGAUCAACCACUUGAAUUAGCAAUUAGAAUUCGUUUUCCGUGAACUCUGUUACUGGCACCGGUUUUCUAUGUCACAUCACAGCAGCGGCCUGCCGGCUGUCUCUAUACUAUGCCUGGAAGCACAGACAUAUCUUUGAACGUUGCUUUGCAGAACCUUUUUGAGAUUGUGUCAAAAUGGCACGUGAGUAUAUGGAGAAGAUCAACAACUACUGUCAAAAGCAGAAAUUUACACUGGUUUAUAGCGACCUCAAGAUGACCGGCCCGUCUCAUGAUCCUGAGUUCACAGUUGUGGUUAAAAUAAAUGAUAGAGAAUAUGGUACAGGCACUGGUAAAAAUAAGAAGGAAGCAAGAGCAGUAGCAGCAAAAAAAACCUGGGAAAUGAUUGAGAAACAGCCAGAGACUCCUUCAAAUACACAAGCUGCAGAAUUAUUGACAACACAGGCAACCUUAUUCCAUGUAUUAUCUGGUGACUAUGUCAGCAUGCUAAAUAGGUAUUCACAAAAGACGUUGCAAACAGUUGACUAUACUACCGGAAAACGUACUGGAGAUGCCCAUGCUCCCAUAUUUACUUGUAGCUGUACAAUUAGUGGUUCUGUCUAUGGAAUUGGCCGUGGAACUUCUCUAGCUGCUGCAAAACAAGAUGCUGCAAAAAACGCGUUUGAGAAGCUAAAGGCGCAAGGGGAUCUAACAGUGGGAAGUGAAAAAUCUCAGUCUGACUCAGACAGUAGUUGCUUUGAAGACUCAGGUUCAAAGUUCGUAGUAAAAAUGAAAGACAUGGAGAUACGUGAAAAGCCUUCACCUUCUCAGGGAGAUGCACAAAGUUCUGCCCCAAAAUCCAGAAGAAAACUGGCAGCUAAUUUUGACAAUGUAAGAAAAGAGGAAGAGAAAAAAAAGAUGGCAGAUUCACAUGAUGAAAGUUUGACAGAUUUGGGCACAGAUACCAGUGAGCUGAAUGGAAGUACAUUAACAGUGAAUGAUAGGUUUCUUCAGUGUUUUAAAAAUAUAGAGCCUAUUGGUGAAGGUGGUUUUGGGAAUGUUUUCAAAGCAACAGCAAAGCUUGAUAAGAAAACCUAUGCAGUCAAACGAGUUGAGUUCACAAAGGAUGUAGAGCGUGAAGUGGAAGAACUUGCAAGACUUGACCAUGAAAACAUAGUGCGGUAUUACUGUAGCUGGAAAGGUAGAGACAACAUAACUGAUUCAGAACCAAGGCCAAUGAUGGUCAAAAACAUUCUCUGCCUUUUCAUCCAAAUGGAAUUAUGUGAACAAGGGCCACUGGGAAACUGGAUUGAAAAGAACAGACGAGACCGAAAGUAUCAUGAGAUGGCACAAAACAAAUUUUUACAAAUACUGAAAGGAGUGAAAUAUAUUCAUUCUAAAGAGUUAAUUCAUCGAGACCUCAAGCCUCAGAAUAUAUUCAUAUCACAUGAAGAUAAAAUAAAAAUAGGUGACUUUGGUCUUGUGACUUCUGUGGCAUGUGGGGCUCUGACUGAGAACAGAGGAACAGCAACAUACAUGGCACCAGAACAGUUCGGGGGAAAAUAUGGAAAGGAAGUAGAUAUUUAUGCACUGGGAUUAAUUUGGUUUGAAAUUCUUUCGGCAUUCAGUUCUCAGCAUGAGAGAAGUAAGGUAUGGACUCAUGUUAGAGAAUGUAACCUUCCAGAGAGCUUCACCAAACGGUUUCCAGCAGAGGCACCCAUAAUCAAAAAGAUGCUUUCAGGAGAGCCUUCAGGAAGAUACUCCGCAUCUGAAAUACUUACGUUUUUAGAGUCUAAUAGAGCCAACUCAUUUAAAAUUCAUACUCGGUAAAUGCUAGUCUAAAAGGCUUUCAGAGUCUGUUUUCAUCCAGAGUUUGGUGUCUGUUGAAACUGAUGAAAUGAUAGUAAAUGUCAGAAGCAACAGCCAGACUUUUAGGACAUGUCUUUUCCUUGGUGUUUUGCCUUCCUGCCAUUGAGGAGCUCGUCAGCCAAAAAGGUCACAUCACUGUUCACGCCCACCAGCUCCAGACCAGGACAGCAUACUUCUGCAAGCAAUCACUUGUGGUUUUUACCUGGAAACACAAGUUGUGGAUGAGCUGAACUAUGUCGUACAAUAACUACAGGAACCCAGUCCUUGUCUCCUAGAAGAUUAAGUUGAUGUGGUGCUAACAGGCCUGUAGCAAACACCUGUAUGCAUGCUCGUACCAUGUGCUGCAUCCGUUAUGAGUUGAGGCUAUCUAUUGCUUUCUGUGGAAGAAGUGCUGUCUUGAGCUAUGUGACUCAGACCUUUCUCAUUCAAUGAUGUUUUUAAAUAGUUACUCCAACACUCUCAUUAAUACCAAGACUAGUUUUGGUAUAAAAGGUACUAGGAAUAGGUGUGUGUUAUUCUUCAUUGAAUUUCUGUUCUUUAAGGUGAACUUUCUUCUCUAUACAUACCUGUUGAACACCUAGCACCUUCAGUGCUCUGGAAUUUAAAAAUACAUACCUAAAUUCUCAAGGAAAGCUUUCUUUUAGUGUUAAGCAUUCAGCUUCUAGGAAAUCUAGUUUAGAUGUGUUCUAAACUUUUGAAAACCUUAGGUUUUGAGGUUUCCCCCCCCCCCAUCUCACAUAGGAACACUUAAGGUGCUCUUAAUAUAGCAAAAUUCUCCAGUUUUCUCAGUAAUAACCAGCUGAAAGCCUGUGCUGAGAAAGCACCUUAAAACAGAGUCUCCCAUACUGUUAGGUUUUAAUCCCUUAUUGUAAGGGGUAGGCAUGCCUCAGUAUUAGCAAGUGUACCGAAUACCUCUAAUGGCCUUAGUGUCAGCCCCAAAAAAUGUAACAGCAGUUUGCCUGUUACUCUUUGAAGUAUGUAACUAAAGAGUUCAGACUGGUCUGGACGAGAAGAAUUGUGUGUCUUUUCCCCUUGCCCUGACUACCACACAGGCACAUUAGUCCUUCAGAUGCUUGUCUUUGAGCAGUAUCUUGUCAAACUAUUCAUUGCUGUAUAGCCCACAUAACUCCAUAAAGGCAAAUGAGUGGAGAUUCCCCACCAGAAAAAUAUGUACUAUGUCAGGUAAAGUACUGUAUGCUUUUUUUCUGAAAUGUUAAAUGGGUUAAAAGUGGCUGUUUGAUUAAAAGGAAUAAUACAAAUGAAUGCAUAGUAAUUUUUAUAUUCUUGCUGAUUUGCCCUAAGUAUUGGUUGCUAAAUAAGAAUCUGAUUUUACAUCCUUUUAUAA